AUGAAGUUCCCUUUAUUGGUGAUUAUAACAACAUGCAUGUUUAUGGUUCUUGUGCAUGGUAGUGAAAAUGCAUUCCCUUUUAGAACAUAUGUAGCUGUUCGAAAUGAUUUGGGUGGUGGUAUUGCUCUCUUUACACAUUGUCAAUCAAGAGAUGAUGAUCUAGGUAGACGUAUGCUAGCAAAUGGAGAAUCACAAAAUUGGUCAUUCAUAGUUAACUUUCAAGGAUCUACUUUGUUUUGGUGUCGUUUCAAAUGGAAUGAAGUGAUAAAAACUGUUGAUAUUUACAAUGCUCAAACCAUGCCAGCUUCAGAGUGUGUAUUAAGAUGCCAUCGAAGUAUUAGACAAGAUGGUAUUUAUUUUUUUUCUGAGAAAACUGAAAGUUGGUACAAAAAAUAUUCAUGGGAUUAG